ACGACCAGUUGAUCAUCGAGUUAGCUGUGAAGCGCAAUACGAAAGGGAAAAAAAAUCUGCAUAUAAAUUAAAGCCAUAAAUGUGGACAGCGAGAACAGGUGCAGCACUGAAACAGAUUUAUUUCAAUAGAUUGAUGAGAAGUGACUUGAACACCUUCUGUUUGCCUGAAGCAUAAGCAUUCUAUGGAAGAAGUAUUCAGAAGAAAGAAGUACAUCCUGCAUUCAGUCUGCCAAGAAAUAAGCUCAUUUCUCUCUAAGUUUUUAGUUAAGUGCAGCCCUGCCAUUCCCUGUGAAUAUGGGUGUGGCCUCCGUGGACACAUCCAACCAGUCUGGAGCGAAUGCAGUGGCAGAUGUGGUGUUCGUCAUUGAAGGAACAGCUAACUUGGGACCAUACUUUGAGUCUCUACGGAAGCACUAUAUCCUGCCUGCUAUUGAGUAUUUUAAUGGUGGGCCCCCAGCAGAGACAGACUUUGGAGGAGAUUAUGGAGGUACUCAAUAUAGCUUGGUAGUCUUCAAUACUGUUGAUUGUGCUCCAGAAUCUUAUGUUCAGUGCCAUGCUCCAACAAGCAGUGCCUAUGAGUUUGUAACUUGGAUUGACAGUAUCCAAUUUAUGGGCGGUGGAGCAGAGAGCUGUAGCCUGAUUGCAGAGGGUCUCAGUACUGCAUUACAGCUUUUUGAUGACUUUAAGAAAAUGAGGGAACAGAUUGGACAAACUCAUAAAGCUUGUGUGCUUAUUUGUAAUUCACCACCUUAUCUGUUACCGGCUGUGGAGAGUUCUACAUACUCUGGGUUUGCCACAGACAGCCUUGCACAAAUAAUUGGAGAUAGGGGUAUCUUGUUCUCAGUUGUGUCACCUCGAAAACUUCCUGCACUUCGUUUGCUGUUUGAUAAGGCAGCUCCUGGAGGCCAGCCUGAUUCUCAAACUAAAGACUUUGCUCAGGAUCCAAGGCAUAUGGUGUUGAUAAGAGGAAUAUCAUUGCCAAUUGCCUCUGGUGUAGUACCUGUUGCUCCUGGAACUGGGCCAUUGAAGCAAGUAAUGCCUCAGCCACCCACUGCAAGCCAGAUUGGAAUGAUCCCUACGCAGUCAACUACUGCAAAUCAGUCACUGCCUCCAGCUUCACAAUCUUAUCAGGUAGCCCCGACCAAUUCACUUAUUGCUGCUCAGGCUGCUGCCCAACUGGUUCUUGAAGUUGCUACCAGAGAAAAGAAUCCCUUCACUAGUAUGGCUUCCUCUGGCACAACAUUCAACAAAUUGGCCCCAUCUCAGUCUACUGUCAUACCAGCUCCACAACCCAGCUUGGCUACUGUCACAGGGCAGACAACACAACCACAGCCAGCACAACAGCAAGCUCCACCUCCAGGACCACCUCCAAGUCAGCAGCAGGCACCACCACCACAACUCCCAUCUAUUCCAAAUCAACAACAAGCCCCUCAAGGCCAGCCAAGCUUGCCAAAUGUAUCUGUUUCCACAUCUACUACAAACCCCAUGGGACAGCCAACUCUGGCAGGAGCUCAGCAAGCUUGUGCAAACAAAGUUCUAGCUUGGAGUGGUGUUCUUGAGUGGCAAGAGAAGCCAAAACCAGCCCCUGUCGAUACCAACAAUAAGUUGACACGUUCACUACCUUGUCAGGUCUAUGUUAACCAAGGGGAGAAUCUCAAAGCUGACCAGUGGCCACAAAAACUUAUUAUGCAGCUAAUUCCACAGCAGCUUCUGACAACACUUGGACCUCUCUUUCGCAACUCCAGAAUGGUACAAUUUCAGUUCACUAACAAAGACUUGGAAUCCCUGAAAGGACUCUAUCGUAUUAUGGGAAAUGGCUUUGCAGGCUGUGUGCAUUUUCCUCACACUGCACCCUGUGAGGUGCGAGUUCUAAUGCUGCUGUACUCAUCUAAAAAGAAAAUCUUUAUGGGUCUAAUCCCAAAUGACCAAAGCGGUUUUGUUAAUGGCAUCCGACAAGUCAUCACCAAUCACAAACAAGUCCAGCAGCAAAAGAUAGAGCAGCAGAGAAGUAUGGGUGGUCCUCAGCAGCUACAGUCGGCGUCUGUUCAGAAUCCCCAGGCAUUCUUGCAGAAGCAACCAGGACCAAUGGCAGUUUCACAUCCUGGGGUGCAACAGCAGCUUCCAGGACAGUCAGUGACUGGGGGGAUCUCACAGGUCUCAAUCAUGGAUGAACAGCAAAGACAGCAGAGCUUGAUACAGCAACAACAGCAGAUACAAUUAAGAGCCCAGCAGCAACAAGCAGCUGUGGCUGCUGUCACUCAGCAGCAAACAGGGGCCCCACCUACAGCUGGAACGCAGCCUCCACCCAAUCAGCAGGGUCCACUUCUUAGACCACAGAAUCCAGGAGCUAAUCCACAGCUCCGCAGUCUUCUCCUGAGCCAACAACAGCCACAGGUUGGUGUCCCUCAUAUGCAAGGAACUAUGAUAUCACAUCAGGCUUUGGGCCAACAGAUGGUGCAUCCUCAAACUAACCAACAGGCUAUUCAGCAGCAAUGGAGACCAACCUUGUCAGGUCAGAUGCUGUUGGCUCCCAGUUCCAGAGGCAAUGUCCCACAGCCACCUGGCCUUCAGACGGUACCAAGUGUGAUGGAAGAUGACAUAUUGAUGGACCUCAUUUAAGAAACUUUUUUGUCACUGCUAACUUGACAUUCAACCCAGUGCUGGCUUAAAGUCACAUGAACUUUGAACUUUCAGUGGAAAAAGUCCCAUCAGUGGGGUGUUCAUUUUGUUUCUUUCUCUUUUACUUUUCUGAAGCAGUCAGGGAGAUUUUUAAUUUAAGAGGAGUUAGGAAAAUGUUCCUUUCUUCCUUCAAAAUAUAAUUGGAACAUUGAUUCAUUCAUUGAGUUUUCUGCUCUUUUUUUUUGUUUCACUCUCUUUUAAUAUAAGGAAGUGAGUAUUACAAAUGUUUUCACCCUUAACAGCCUACACUGCUCUGUUAGUGAUGUGAGUUUAUUUCCUUAUGCUUUAUUGAACAGGUAUGUAAAGGGUGCAUGAGAACGCAAGGAGGUGGACUUUCAAAUUAGCAAAGCACUACAUUGAUGACUUUUAGGGUCAAAUGGCAAAUUAUAGUUCUUAUUGUCAAACAUGGCAGUCCAAAAGCUGGAUUCAAGUGCAGAUUAACGAUGUCAUGAAACACAGGCAUAAUGGAAAUGUAUGCAAACACAUGGGCAUGCAUUCCUCUUAAUAACUGGGGUCAGUAACAAUUAACAAAAUAAAAUUAUGGUCACAGGCUGACUUGGCUGAAAGCCUAAAGUGUAAGUAGUUAAUGACUUGCAGAAUUUUGCUUCAUACUGAGUCUCAUCCUCCCGGUUUUCUUAUUGUAAAAUAAAUGUUGUAAAGUAUUAAAUCUCAACUAACAGUAUCUCACACUGAGCACUUCCUGUAAUUUUUACUUAUAUGUACAAAUAUAUGUAAUAUUAUCCUAAAGAAAACAGAUAUACACAAACAGAAGAACUGCUAAUUCUGAUAGACAAAAAAUGUCCUUUUCCCAAGUUUGCUCCUGCUAAUUAAAGCAGGUCUCCUUAGUAAGUCUGGUUGCAGUGGUGUUUCAAUUAAUCAGUCGCAGCAGCUCAUUAGUCAAUAGGAAGGGCUCCACUUUGCCUGUUUGCUCACUCCUCCUCAUCCUCCUUUAGGCUGUCUUGAUUUUCCGGUAGCUGCAUUUACUUCCUCUUGCCCUUCUUUUUAUUCUCUUGCUUAUUCUCAUCUCUUUUGAUCAGUAUGCUGUGCACAGCAUCAGUUGCCUACAGCAGCUGGGGGAGGAGAGGGGCUGAUUGACUCAAUCAAUUUAACUGGCAUAACCCCUGAAAUUACUCUGUGUCUCCUCCAAUAGGUGGCGAUACAGAUGUCAAUAAUACAUUUAAGUGAAUUUGAAGGUAUAAAUGUAGAUGCUUAUAUGGUUAUGUCAUUUUCACAUAUACGUUUCUCUUCCAUAUCUCCUACACUAACUUUUGCUCAAUAAUUCAAUUGUUUGCCUGCAAUGGGGUCUCACAUUUAAAUUCAGUGUAUCUUGGCCACCUGGGAGAGUGUGAAUGAGAAUGUGUGCAGUGGUUGUUUUCAUUGCCAGCAGUAGAGGCCGCUGUGGAAGAUGGAGAUCACCAUGCCCCUCCCCAACAUAGUGCCACUAAGACUUGACCCACUUUUGUGCAUCGCUGAGGAAUUCUCACUCUACUUCCCUGUAACUCUCUACCUAAGAACACCCAAAACUGUCUCACCCCCUCAUGAUAGCCUGGCCUACCCUGUUUCUGUAAGUAAAUUCAAAAGCAUGCAGCUUUUGAGAAGAUUCAGCUGAAGGGCUGCAUUUGAACUGUGUGAAUCUGUCGUGGUGCUAACCAGCAUCAAAAUCCCAGGACUUCACUGCACUGUGUUUUGUUGUAUAUGUGUCUUUAGAGAAACAAUUAUUGUUAUAUCUGUCUAGCUGUAUACAUUUAGCUAUAUCCAAGACAUUUAAAGCUGUUGUGUUACUGUUUUAGUCAAAUGCAAAUAAUACUUGAAAAAACAAAAUAAUCUAAAGAUCUUAGCUUAAAGGAUACAUUUCCCAAAGAUCUCUGAAGUAAUUACAUUUAUAAACUUGUUGGCAUGAACUUGUUUUCCUUAAAGUGUACUAAAUUAAGUUAUGAAUACAUUUCUAUUUAUUACCUUUUAAACAAUCAGAAUGCAAAAUUGGAUGGUUCCAUUUCCAAAAACAAUUACAUGUAUGAAUAAUAACUGUAUAACUUAUGUUUAUACUGUAAAGUUUUUCAUUAAAAAAAUGAACUUGGAAAAAUAAACCCAUAAGCACA